UGGUGGUUGGUGGUUGGUGGUGAGCAAGUUAUUAGAGCAGGAUGACUCGUGACUUUUCUUGUCCGCCGACUGACUCUCUGCUUGGAUUGCCUGCCGCCCAUGCACAGGAAGAAAGCCAGACUCAAAUUACAGGCGUGCAGCCGCAAAACUGAGGCUGAGGUUCUUGAUCGAGUUGGGUGUUAUUAAAGUGCCAGUGCGUGCAGCAGAAUCAUGGUAAACGGUAAUUACAACGACAUGGGGGUUUACAAAGACGUCCAGGAAGAUGACACACAUCCACAGUCCGCGCACACAUACGUCCACUCUCCCCAUCUCAGCAUUCAUCAUCCAUGCGCUGGACCCAUUGUUCCCCCCGGAUGCUUGUCAAAUGUCAGUUUGCCACGGCCGAAUCGCUUACCUUUGAAGGGACCAGAAGCCCACUUGGGGUACCCAACAUCCACGUACCCACGCGAUGAGUAUUGUUUUUUCCGGAGGAAGUGUCUUGGCCCGUCCCCCGCUCGCACAACAACGAAUAGACGACGAAGGGAUGGCGAUGGAUGGAAGCGGGAAAUAGGACCAGAAAGACAGAGGAAGAGGAAGAGCAGAAACGAGAGCGGGUCGAUCCACUGCCGCAAACUCCCUAGCUCGAGGGUCGGAUACAUCCCGAGAGGAGAGGAGAGUGCAGCAGCAGCGGCAGCUACAGGACCAGAUGGCGAUGCAGACUGGCAACCCCCGGGUUUCCGACAAACGUGGAGGAUCGACGUCGGUAAAUCGUAAAGAAUCGCCUGCAGAGUAAUCUGGAGAUAUUUCGAGCGGCGAAGGAAUAGGAUUGGGCACGCUCCAAUCAGCUUGACAGACCCCAAGGCAAAAGCAAAAAAUAACCGUGGUUCGUCGGUCGCCCGAAAAGAAAAAAAAGUGCUCGAGUCGAG